UGACACUUAGUUCUGAAAAUGACAUAUUGACACAGAAAUGUUAUUAUAGGUUAUGUUGCUCUAUAUUUAGUAAAAAUGUAAUUAGUAACUUAAAUUAAUUGUUUGAUUGGUUUUAAACCAAACAUGACAACAUCACCUACUAGAACAAAACAAAAAUUGUCGUUGCGAAAACGUCUAUUUGUGAAAAAAUCGCCAAAAGUUGGUUGCUAUGUAGACACAGAUUCCAAUGAAGAAUGUAGCCAGUCUACCUCACGUCCUAUAUCCCCUGCAGAUCCUUUUAUAGCACAAAGUGCGUAUAACUCUGAACCUAAUGUUAAUUAUCUUCACAAUCGUUCAAACUACAAUGCGGGCCAUGUUAGUGAUAACACUAAUCAAACCUCUCAUCAGAACACCUACGACGAUGAUAGUAACUCUAAAUGUUGUAAGACAUUCUUCAGAAGAUCUCGACCUAAAAGUUUAGUAGAAGGCCAUGGGUCAAAAGAUGAUUCAAAUUCUAGAACAAACAGCCCUACGAAUAAUUCUAUUAAUAGUUUAAGUGACCAUACAGCAUCUCAAACGAAAAGUGACGAAAUACCCAAAGUGACCGUUAAUUUCCCGAAAAAUGAAGAUACGAAAAAAUAUUUUGAGCAUUCAGGUUCAUUUGAAGGUAUUAAACCAAAGAGUAAGUUAUUUGUUAAGAGGUUAUCAGCUGAUCACUUAAUUUCCAAUGAGUCGAAACCUUUGUAUCAUUCAUCGUCGCCAGAAAGUGAUAGGAGCAGUUCUUUAGAUCGUAAAAAAAGGAGUAAGUCGACAAUAACAAGAUCAGCUUCUCGCGCCGGGAGCACUGACAGCUUGGCUCGUAAUUCCCUGCUUGCUGCACAGGUGUUACGCCUCAUACCCACACAGGAGGCAAGGCAAAGAAACUACUUGUAUGGUAGACUGGCGUCACACUCCUUGCUCGGAGCAGUUGAGUUAGAACAUGUAUUUCCAGAUAGAGAAGUAACAAUAUUUGUUGGAACCUGGAAUAUGAAUGGACAGGCACCACCAAGGGAGUUAGCAGAUUUCAUAUUUCCAAAUCAAGUAAAACAUGUACCAGAUGUUUUCGCCAUUGGCACUCAAGAAUCCUAUUCUGAGCGCACGGAAUGGGAAAUUACUAUACAAGAAGUAUUGGGACCAUCUCAUUUAUUACUACACUCUUAUUAUUUAGGUACAAUACACUUGACUGUAUUUAUACGAAGAGAUCUUAUAUGGUUCUGUUCACUACCCGAAGACGCUAGUUUAUCUGUCCGUCCUGGAACUGCAUUUCGAACUAAGGGUGCUGUAGCUAUAUCUUUUGCUCUGUUUGGAUCAACAUUUCUCUUUGUAACCGCCCAUCUUACAGCUCACCAGGAGAAGGUUAAGGAAAGACUAUCAGAUAUUAAGAGAAUUAUAAGAUCGAUUGAUUUGCCUAAAAAUUUGCCUUGUAGGCAUAGGAGUAAAGAUGUAACAAAUAAUUUCGACUAUGUGUUUUGGUGUGGCGACUUAAAUUUUAGACUGGGUGAGCCGAGGGCUGCUGUUUUAAGAUGGAUUGAACAAACACAAUUUCCCCUCCCUCCCCACUUGCCGCAUGGCCUUCUACACGCGGAUCAGCUGACUGUUGUUUUGGAAGAUGGGGCCGCCUUUAGAGAUUUUCGAGAAGCACCUAUUACUUUUCCACCUACUUAUAAGUAUGACCCUGGCAGCCAACAGUUCGACACGUCCAGUAAACAAAGAGCUCCGGCCUAUACUGAUCGAAUAUUGUAUAAAGCUAGAUCAAUGGGAACAAAUUCAUCAUCUGCUUUUUCUGGUCUCCGGCGCAUAAGCAGCGCGGCCGCGCCGCCGGGCCUGCGGUGCGUGGCGUACAACUCGGUGCCGUCCGUGCUCACGAGCGACCACAAGCCCGUGUGGGCGCUCUUCUCCUGCGCCCUUCGACCUGGCACUGACGUUGUACCCCUAGCGGCCGGUUUAUUUAACCGAGAUGUUUAUUUAGAAGGAAUAAAACGUCGAAGAGCGCUUCUCGACCACGCACCCGGUACGUCCGCCAUUUGCACUAUACAGUAA